CAAUGUCAGAUCGUGACAGUGCCGGUGGAAGAAAAGAAAAGAAGAAAACAAAACAAAAACAAUGGCAUAUUUUUGAAAAUUAUAGAAUAUUUACUAUCAAUUUAAUGUUAAAGAGUUGGUUUAAAGUUCUUCGAUUUCAAACCAUAGGGCGGCUCAUCUCCAAUAUAAGCGCUUUAAAAAUGGUUCGAUACUUCGUGAACCCUUACGAGGAGACUGCUAUUGCUGCUAGCACUUUAAAUAAAGAAGAGAUAAUCUCGCAGAUCAACGAACAUGUAGAAAAUAUCACCAAACGAUUGAGACCUUCUCGUAAGACUGUGGAUGGUGGUUUGUAUGUGGGAUGUACCGGAAUAUCUUACAUGUUUUACUGUUUGGCUAAAAAUCCUUUCCUGUCGGAAUUUAAGCGCAUUUAUUUGGAAAAAAGUUUGGAGUAUUUGAAACCAGCUUUAGAAACUUCAGCCGGCGACAAAACAUCUUUUUUACUGGGCGAUGCUGGCACUUUAGCUUUAGCCUCGGUUUUGAAUAAAGAAUCAGGUAACCAGUUUGCAGAUUCACUAGCCAAAUAUAGGGCUCUUCAGAGUUAUUAUUUGAAUCCAAAGUUCUUAAAGUGUGGUGGUGAUGAAUUUUUUGUGGGUCGAGCUGGUUAUAUUGCUGGUGCAUUGUGGAUAAGCCGUGAACUUCAAACAGAGGCUCUGGCAAAAGAUGAGCUGUAUAAAAUUUGUGACAUGAUAGUCCACUCAGGGAAAGAGUAUGCAAGUAAACAUAGAAGUCCUUGCCCAUUGAUGUAUCACUAUUAUAACACUGAGUACCUUGGGGCAGCACAUGGUAUCAGUUUCAUUUUACAAAUGCUCAUGACUGUGCCUGGCUACCUUGAACACAAUACUCAAGCAGCUAAAGAUAUUCGAACAACUGUAGAAUUUAUAGCUUCCCUGCAGACAGAGGACGGCAACUGGCCGUGUUGUAUGGAUGAGAUUGAUCAGAACGAUCACAAGUUAGUUCAUUGGUGUCAUGGAGCACCAGGUACCAUUUACCUUAUGGCUAAAGCAUAUUUAGUAUUCAAGGAUGAGAAAUAUUUGAAUGCGUGCAUCAAAGCUGGCAAAGUGGUCUGGCAAAAAGGCUUGCUGCGCAAAGGUCCUGGGAUCUGCCACGGGGUUGCCGGGAAUGGCUAUGUAUUCCUGCUUCUGUAUAGGCUGACUGGGGAUCAUAAAUAUUUACAUCAAGCAACGCUUUUUGCUGAUUUUAUGCUGACUGAUGAUUUUUUGAGAGAUGCCAGACUUCCAGACAAUCCGGAGAGUUUGUAUGAAGGCACAGCAGGCACUGUCUGCUUCUUAUCCGAUCUCAUUGUACCAGAGAAAGCAGAGUUUCCCUUCCAAGAUGUCUUUACCACUUUUUAAUUUAAAAAAAAAAUUGAUCAUCUUAUAUUAAAAACAUUUCAGUUAUAGUCCAAGAAAUGGUACCAAUUUUCUUGUCGACAUUGCUUUGUGUUUAUUUUUUAUGAACUAGAUGCUGACAGUAAUAGAGCUUAUUUUCUGUUUAAUACCAAUUUUCUUGUCAUUCAUGGAUCACAAAUUAAAUGUGAUUUUACUA